ACACAAACAAGAGCAGCGAGUAGACAAGAGCUAUCAACGCACAGCGACCGUCGGAGAGAGCAAAUACACACAAUAUAGCUAUUAUACACAAUCUAAUGAGGAUUAUAGCGCGGUUUUAGAGUACGCCAGGAGCCGGACACCACAAUCCCAUGUGUGAAAAACGAGAGGUCUGGAAGUAAAUAUAUAUAAAUAUAUAUAGAAGUUUGCGCUUUUGGAGCUGCAGAAAAACACGAGGUGGGAGCAGAGUCGGCGGCGUGAGAGGGGUUGACUGGCGGGGCCUGGUCAUACAGCGUUUCAACCGGAGGGAGAGGAGGAGAAGGAGGAGGAAGGAGGGAGAGCAGAGAAGGAAAGGAAGACCCGAGGAAGACUUUCACGGUCACCUGCUUUAGACAGCUGUGUUGCCAGCUGAUCAAAUUUUGGUUUUUCUUCAUAGCGUUGGAUUUCUGCAGCUCUGCUUGGAUUUUAUUGUCAGUAUCAAAGUGUUGCUGUUAUCACUCAGUUAUUGUUAGUGUUUUAUUAUUAUUUUUUCCCCCCUCAGCAUUUGUUCAGGGUUUUUUUUCUUGGGGAAUGUUUUUAUUUGUUUUUGGACUGUGAACAGGGGAUUUCACAUCUGAUCUAAACAGAUUUGUCCUUUUUCCUCCUGUGCACACCAGUAUAAGGCAGCUAUUUCGCUAUUCUUUGGAAAUCUUAAACUGCACAUACCUUAUUCACAGCCACAAUCCACACGCUGUCUCUCACACACGCACAAACACACAUACACCACUCAGCCUUCUCACCUAAGCCUGGUCCAGCCUGGUCUUGCCUGCUCCGCUGCCCUGGACAGGAUUCAGCUCCAAGAGGAAGGGAGGAAUAUGACAGCAGAGACACUCAAUUUCGGCCCAGAAUGGCUCCGUGCACUUUCCAGUGGAGGCAGUGUGACUUCCCCUCCUCCCUCUCCCGCUAUGCCAAAGUACAAGCUGGCCGAAUAUCGCUAUGGCCGAGAGGAGAUGUUAGCACUUUAUGUCAAAGACAACAAGAUACCAGAGGACAUGCAGGAUAAGGUGUUUGCUGCUAUACUGCAGGAUGAACCUCAGCAACCUCUGGCACUGGUGCCUCUUACUGAGGAAGAACAGCGGAAUUUUUCCAUGUCUGUCAACAGUGUGGCUGUGCUGAGGCUCAUGGGUAAAGGGGGUGGGGCCAUUCCUGCUAGUAUGGCCCGUGGCAGAGGCAGUGUGAGAGGUGGCCGAGGCAGGGGCCGUGGAGAAAGUGGGUUUUACCAAAGAAGUACUGAGGAAGGAGAGGUGGGCUUCAGCAGGAGUGUGAGGGAGAUUCACCGUAGCCAGAGCUGGGAUGACCGGGGUGAGCGGCGCUUUGAGAAGCCUCUGCGUAGGGAGGGGCUGCGUGUUGGCUUUGAGGAUGUGGGCUCUGCUGGGCGGAAAGAGUUCAUGCGUUCAGAUAGUGAUAACUGGCGCACGCUGCGAGAGGAGCAUGAGCUGGAGGAGGGUGGAGAGACAGGAGGCAGCUGGAGACUGGCUGGCUCACGCCGAGAUGAUGGAGGUCCCCGUUCAGCAGGCUGGCGGGAGCAUGGCGAGGUCAGACGAAGAAAAUUUGACUUUGAUUUCCGGGACGGAGGGAUUGAAGGAGGAAGGAGGAGAGCAGGAAGUGAAGGAGCAGAGGAAGAGAGAGAUGGACUGCCAGAGUGGUGCACUGAUGAAGAAGAUGGUGAGAUGGGAACCUUCGACUCUUCUGGCGCUUUCAUGCCCAUCAAGAAGGGCUCCAAGGACCCUAUUCCAGAAGAGGAGUUUGAUUUUCAGGGUUUAGAAGACGAGGACGAGGAUGGUACAGAUGGAGAGAAGGACAGCAGUACUGGUGACAAAGCUGAAAGAGAUGAGACCGACUCUGCAGCUAUGUGUGAGGUGGAGGUGAAAUCUCUCCCUCCCACUUCUCCUUCCUCCAUGCACCUCGUUGCUCCUCAGGCCGAGCCCGUGCCCAUGCCCGCUGCUGCCCCCAUUUGUCUGGAGGAUCCUCAGCCUGCACCUACCAUGCCCAGCAAGAUGCCAAGUGAAGUGUUAUCAGAGCCAGUGUCUGAGCUGAGCCCUAGUGCCUCCUCCAGUCUGCCUUCAUCCCCUCCUUCCGCUUCCUCUGCUGCUACUGACCUCCCACCAACGGGGGGUGACCCUGAGGAUGACGAGGGCAUGAAGCACCUGCAGCAGGAGGCAGAGAAAAUGGUUGCAGCUCUUCAGGACACAUCUCUGGAGGAAGAGUGUUUCACCCAGACACUGCAGGAGAGCAGAAACACUGCAGCUGCCCUGCCUCUCUCUCAUGAUUCUGCCAUGAAGUGGUUCUACAAAGACCCCCAGGGAGAGAUUCAGGGUCCCUUUAGCACAGUGGAGAUGUGCGAGUGGUUCCAGGCAGGCUACUUCAGCAUGACUUUGCUGGUGAAGCGUGGCUGUGACGAGGGCUUCCAGCCUCUGGGCGAUGUUAUUAAGAUGUGGGGGCGAGUGCCCUUUGCACCAGGCCCUUCCCCUCCGCCACUCCUGUGUAAUCUGGAUCAGGACCGGCUGAAGAAGCAGCAAGAGUUGGCUACAGCUGCUCUCUACCAGCAACUGCAACAGCAUCAGCUUUUCCAACUCAUUAACAGGUGCGGAGAGCAGGGUAUGAUGCCUUCAAUGAACAGAUCGAUGUCAGUGCCAGAUACAGGGUCCAUGUGGGACAUGCAUACCUCAGCCUCACAGCCGACAGGUGGUGAGGCCAGUCUAUGGGACUUAACAAUGAAUUCUUCAACUCAGGGUCCAACUCUUGAACAGCUUCAGAAGCUCCAGGAGAGAAGAGAGGCUGAACUCAGGGCUAAGCGAGAAGAGGAAGAGAGAAAAAGAAGGGAAGAAAAGAGGAGACAGCAGCAGGAAGAACAGAAGAGGAGAGAGGAGGAAGAGCUCUUCAGGCGUAAACAGCAGGAGCUUCUGAUGAAGUUACUACAGCAGGCUCCACGUCAGGCGGCUGCCGGCUCAGGCUGGAGCGCAGGCUCGGUACCUGGACUAGGGAAGCAGGGCAAGUCCAUUAACACGCUGGAGAUUCAACAGGACACUGAGAGACUCUAUAAACAGCAGCAAAGAGCCCAACAGCAGAGAUGGGCUACAGAGGGUCUGUGGGGUUCUGCUGGCAUGGAUGGGAAGGCAGCUGGUGGCAGUAGUCCCUCAGGAGGCAGCAUGGGGGUUUGGGACGAGGCCCUAAAGAACCAGAGUGCCCUCCGCGGUGGCAUGGGCCUGAAGAACAGCCGCAGUAGCCCCUCACUCAGUGAUCAAUAUUUGAUGAUGAAUCGCCGCAAAAAAACAGAGGAUGAAGAGCGCUUACUGAAGCUUUUGCAGGGGAUGAAGGCUCAGGACGGUUUUACCACAUGGUGUGAGCAGAUGUUGCAUGCCCUUAACACCUCUGCCAACAACUCAAACUCCUCCCUGGAUGUGGCCACUAUUGUGGCAUAUCUGAAGGAGGUGGAGUCGCCGUAUGAGGUGCUGGACUUUAUUCGCUCCUAUCUGGGUGACACUGUGGAAGCCAAAGAGUUUGCCAAGCAGUUUCUGGAACGCCGUGCCAAACAGAAAGCCAACCAUCAGAGGCAGCAGCAGCUCUCUAAGGAGGUGGGUGGACUGACCAUGAACAGCUUUCCUUUGCAGGAUUCAAUGAGGGGUAUGAACCCUGCUGCUUUGCAGUCCAUGUUCCAGGCAGUGCAUUCUGGGAAGGGAGGGAUGGGCUACGACCAGGCAGGAAAGCUGAAGAAGAAACAGCCCAUGAUGCUGCACUCUGAUCCUAGCAUCUUAGGUUAUUCAUUCCAUGGUGCAGGGGAUCGGAUGAGCCUGAGUGAGAUGGAGAUGGUGGAGGAUUACUGAGUCCACAGCAAUAGCUACCUGAGGCCUUUUUCUGCGGGUCCAACUAAUCAGACUCCGCAAGUCCAAUGUGCACUGCUGGGGAUUGGGGGGAGGGAGGGGUGAAGAGCCAGUAUAAACAGAGAGAGGGGGUGUGUGUGUGUGUGUGUGUGUGUGUGUGUGUGUGUGUGUGUAAAGGGGAAACUGCAGCUGAAGUAUAAAGUUACAGCUUCAGGCUUCCUCUGUAGUGGUGUGGUGAGGAAAAGGGUGAUAUUUGGGGGUGAUUAAACUUCUGGCACUUACACAAUAAGCACCUUAUUCAAACUAAUGCACUUUAUGAAGGUGGUAUAUAGAUAGGUGUUGUGUUUUGUUUUGUUUUUCUUUUUUUUAAAGAAGGUUUUACAUGUUAGAUAUGUUGUAUUGAUUCAGAAAUAUUCCCUGUAUAUAUAUAUAUAUAUAUAUAUAUAUAUAUAUAUAUAUAUAUAUAUAUAUAUAUAUAUAUAUAUAUAUAUAUAUAUAUAUAAAAUGUGUGUGUGUCUGACUAAAACUGGACAUGGUGGUGAUUGAGAUGGGGACCGUCCUGUUUGUUAAAAUCGUAUCAGAAAAAGACAUUUCUUUGAAGACAAACACUGUUUAUUUUUUUUCCUUUUGUUCUUUAUUAAAAAAAGUUUCUAUAAAAAGCUAUAUAAAAUAAUAAGAUUUUUGCUCAAAAAACUUGAAGAUUUGCACUUGUAUAAAAAAAAUGACAAAAUGACAAAAAAUGGGUUAGGAUCUAUGUUAUGGAGAAUAAUAUUUUUGUGUGUGACUGAAUGAGUGUGUCUGUCUGUUUAAAGCAUACUGGUCUGCACAUUAUUAUUAUUAUUUUUUUUGGCAUUACUUACCAAGAUGUAUAAAAUGGAAAAGAAAAGAGGCCAUUUUUGUUUUCUUCCCCUCUCCAAGCAAAUUAGAAUUUUGUACUUGGUGAGUGAAAAUGUGUAAGAGAGAAUGUAUGUUUGUGUGUGAAUGUAAAUUUGCAUCAUGUUUGUGUAUUUGACUGAGGGGGGACAUAGGGCAAUGGCACAACCCAUCCUUUUUUUUCUGUCAUUUCCUCAUCCCCAGAUGGAUGUGAAAGCUGUAGAUGCAACCAGAAAAAAGCUUUAGCUUCUUUUAUACUCAGCAGUGCUGUGCAUGCAAGUGUUUUUUCCUUUUUCCCCUCUUUUGUCCACCACCCGUAUCAGUGCCUCUAGUAGGCUUAUGGGCCAAGUCUUGAGGUUAUUUGUGUAUGUGUGCAUUCGUGUGUGUGUGUGCGAGAGUAUGAGUGAGUUUCUGUCCACACAUGUGCCUAAGAACUUAAAAGGGCGAGUAGUUGGAGUUCAUUGCUGCCAUUGAGACAUUAUUUUUUCGGAGUGUGUCUCAGUAAAGACCCCACUCCCGUGCUUAUAAACCAAGAGCUUUGUGCGUUGUGCACACCAUUCUCUGUAGUUCUUCUAGUGUAGCCUGGGGAUAGUCCAUUGACAGGAUUGUCCACUUUUUGGGGGGGGUGUGGCUCACAUUGCCUUGUUGUCCACUCUCUUACUCCUGAGCAAGUGACUGACUGGCUUAAAUAGAUCCCAUCAAACUGUGCAUGUGCACAGAAAUGUGCACAAAAUGUUCAUCUAAUGUUACCUGUUUGUUGUUGACUCUGUUAUGGCAUAUAUGUAUCUCUAAUAUACACAUAUACACACAAGUUAAAAGUAUUUGGACUACAAACGAGCACUUGGGGCUGCUACUUUUUUAUUAUUUUUGAAAUGUUUUUCCUGUAGUUUUUAGUUUCAUUGCCACCAUGUGAAGUGUGUUGUGUCUUUUUACAAAAAAAAAAAAUUGAAUGUAUUCCAAAAAAGGUGAAAAAAAAACAAAAAACAGUGAAGCCGGAUUGGUUUUUUUGUUUUGUUUUGUUUUUUAAUAACUUCAUCGCAAAAGCGAAAGCGUAGUCGGACAUCGGAAUGGAGCAGAAGGCAUCUUUUUCAUAAGCCUCUUCAGCAAGAAUCAAGACGACUACCGCCAGAAGACACUGCCUCUACAAUCCUAUUCAUAUAGACAUUAUGACUAUGAUGAUGAUGAGAGAAAAAAAAUCUAUUCCAUACUGGAGUUUUGGUUGUUUACAGAAAAACACUUGGACUUUUCUGGGUGCGUGGUUUUCCUUUUUUGGAGGGUGGGUCACUCAAUUCAAAAACAUUGGGGAGGAGGUGCUGUAGUCAUCACAUGACCGUGUGCCCCACGUCCUUGUUGUGAAGCAGAAAGUCUCCAUACUUGUGACUUUGGGGAUUGGGUGCUGAGACAAGCAGUUAUUACAAAGCUGACCAUAUUUUGUUUACUGAAUUUGUUGAAUAUGUUUUUUUUUGUUUGUUUGUUUGUUUUUUUUCUUUUUCCUGCAGUGGAUUUAAAUACUCUUUCAGCCAGAAAAAAAAAUGUUUGUGUUCCUGGGGAAAAAAAAAAAUUCAAAAACAGCACAGACCAUUUUCUUUUCGGUACUUUCAAAUGCACGAAUGCGAUUUGUUGAUGCUUUAAGAGAUUUUUUGUUUGUUUGUUUUGUUUGUUUUUUUUUCUUUCCCAGAGUAUCUAACUGGCCUCUAGGUUUUGAUUUUGCUUUAGAAAUGUUUAAUGAAAGAUACAAAGAUGGACAUGUCUGUGAUGUGUUGUAAAGUACAGAAGAACAUGAGGGACAUUCAUGACCUCACCUCUGUCCUCAUAGCCUGGGGACUGGGACUUUAAUUAGCCUUUCUGUUUCCAUGCGGGCAAAGGGAGCAUCUCAGCAGUUGACGGCGAGCGAACGAUCACUGCCUCGAUGCUCUCACUAUGCACUUUUCACACUCAAAACUGUGAGGAACCUGCGGGGACACAUAGAGGAAGACAGAGGGCGCUGUUGAAGCAUGGCUGACCGGACACUUUAAAACCAGCUAAGGCCCCUCCAGUGAGAACCUCACCAGGCAUGUUGUUCCCAUGUACAUAAGUGAUGCUGUUAUUUUUGUUUGUUUGUUUUUUGUCCUUUUAACUCGGCAAUUCUUAGGACUGAACAUACUCUUGAUCACACCAAUGAAGUAGGCUAAUAAGACAUCAGACAUUUUGAAUGUUAUGGAAUACGUUCAACUCCAUGUUCUGCCUUUUGGAGAUUUCCUGAGGAUGCACUCAAGCUGCAGGAAAGAACAUUUAUAUACAGCUUGUUUCUGGCUGAUGAACAGACUAUUUCAGCGGAUUCUUAAGUCAAGUCUAGAAGCUUUUAUUCUGCACAGCGAUUGAGGAGUAGACAAGUAUUUGAGGAGAUGAACAGAGCUUCUGCACAGCUGUGGAUUCAUUUCAGCGUGGAGUCGCCUGUGACUGCAGCAGCAGAACUGUCUGUCCGACCAGUGUACCUGAGCUUCUGCCAUGGACAGUGGCCAGCUUUUCUUUUUCAUUCUUUUUCUUCCUGAUCUGAUCUUUUAUACUUUCUACACUCCCCACUGUCUCUCUCUCUCUCUGUUUCUGUGUGUCUCUCUCUCUGUUUCUCUCUCUCUCUCUGUCUCUGUCUCUCUCCCUCUCUCUGAGGAAGGCCACCAACGCUACCUGCUCUAAGACCUCACCGCUUUCCAGUGUGGUGUGAAGUGACUGAACCGAUAGCAGUGCGAUGUACCUCCAUGACUUGCUGGCUCCCCCAGUAGGUGAUCAUCGUUGUAUGUCUAAGCAGAGCUUGGAAUACUGGAACUCUGGAACUGUGACAGUCGAUACGUGUACAGACUGUUGAAGUCCAUAUUGCAUACGUGGCUUACACACGUCGAGGUCUGCUAAGCACACCUGCGAGCAUGGUCAUCAUCAUCCAGUAUCAAACGCAAUCUUCUCUUCCUUUGACUACUUGACUAAACUGUAUUCAAACACAGACUUCAUCCCCAUGGCUACUGGCUGCCGUGUAAACUGUAUAUGCAAUUACUGCUUUUCUGUCACGUGUGAUUUUCUUUCCCCCUUUAGGACAUGCCUUAAUUGUACAGACAAGCCUGUACUUUGGGGGAAAGAUGCUUAACCUGUUCAGUUAACCUGGUUUUACUCCCGUCUUUAUUCCUGAACUAAAUGAGUCAUUAAGUAGCUUGAUCAGAGCUUUGGUUGAGGAUUAGAUGUGACGUGUAAAUGAUUUACAAAUCCCGUCAGCACUAAAUUUAACACUUCGAAAGUUUAGAUAGAGAGGGUGAUCAGGUCGGGCUAAUUCUAACUAAAUCGUUUGAAACUUAUGUACGUUACAGAACAUGCAGCAUGGUGGAAAAAAUGAUGUUUUAAUAUCAUGUAGUUUGGAGUGAUUAGUAGUGGAAUUAACUGAAAUUACUGUCUAACUCUGGUGGCCCGUUUUGGCCUCUUUGGACAAGUGGUUGAGCUGCAUGCAGCUGGAACAUGGUGCUGUUGCUGUUAAGAGACAUAACGUAACGAUUUAUCUGACAAUAGUUCAGAAACGAUUGGAGUUCUUAUGUGCAUGAUGCCCUUUUAUUAUGAGUGGUGAUUGAUUAAGCUAGAUAGUUUAAUGAGAUUAUGAUGGGCGUGAGCAGGAUGAUGGAUUACCGUGCCUGAGUGGCCCUGUUUUAUUAAAGAUCGCGUAUUAUCUUCAAGGACAAAAGUUGCAGGUACAUGUACCCGUGCUAGCAAUGGGCUUGAUCAUAAUUUGACACAAAAAAAAAAAAAAAACCUAUCCUUCAAACCAAACACUUGACUAAUGACUGCAGGAACGUCUGACGUUUCUCAGAUAUUUCUCCGCUCCCAUAGUCUUAGUACGAAGGGAAAUCAUCAGUAUUGAGUCGGAAUCUCUGUCGUCACAUCAUUUGCAUGUAACCUGUAGUGGAGGAGACGCAAUCAUCCAUUUGCUUCUUCCCAUUCUGCUUGUUAAGUUUGUCCUGUAGCUUAACUUUUAAAAUCCUACAGAUAACGGUGAAAUCGUACUACAAAUAAAAUAACAUGCAGAUUAAUAAGAGUGUAAAUAGUUUGGGUUUUGUUUGAGAAAUGAGUACUUAAUAAAUGAUUAUCAUUAA